UGUCCGCCUAAAAGAGACCCUUUUGCUUUUUGAAGCUAAAGUCAUGGCACUCAUCUCUCUCACACUCAAUCUUUCUGAGUCAGUCCAAUUCACUUACCAGGCGAGCCUUCACCAAGCUUUGUUUUUUUCUCUGCUUUUCUUCGAUGCCCAUCACUUAUUAAGAGACCCUUUUGUUUUUUGAAGCUAAGAGUCAUGGUCACUUACUGAUCUCUUUCUCACUCUAUCUUUCUGACCCUAUCCAAUUCCCUUGCCAGAGGUUCAAGUGACAAGCAAGGCUGCGGUGGAGAUGUCUGCUCUCAGUAAAGAUCUUGUCUUGUUAAUCUCACAGUUCUUAGAUGAGGAAGGGUUCAAAGAAACUGCUCGCAUGCUUGAGCGUGAAAGUAGUUAUUACUUCAACAUGAAGUUUUUUGAGGAUAUGAUAUGCAGUGGUGAUUGGGAUGAGGCUGAGAGAUAUUUUUCUUGUUUCACAAAAUUAUCUGACAAUAGAUUCUCGAUGAAGGUCUAUUUUGAAAUUAGGAAGCAGAAAUUUCUGGAGGCAUUGGACAACAAGGACCGUGCCAAGGCUUUAGACAUCCUUGUGAAGGAUUUGAAAACUUUUGUCCCAUAUAAUGAGGAGCUGUUUAAGGAAAUGACUUUGCUUUUGACAUUGAAUGAUAUAAGGGACCAUGAGUCACUCUCCAUGUAUAGUGAUGCAGACUCUGCAAGAAAAGUUAUGAGGGUUGAGCUUAAGAAACUUAUUGAAGCAAACCCCCUUUUCAGUGACAAAUUGGAAUUUCCGAAUGCUGCAAGUCAUAGAUUACGAAGCCUCAUAAACCAAAGUCUGAAUUGGCAGCAUGUUCUUGGUGCAUAUCCACAGCCAAAUCCUGAUAUAAGAACCCUUUUUGUGGAUCAUGUCUGUGCACCAAUUCCAUCAGAUGAUCAUUUAUUUUCAACAUCAAGUGAUAGCAAUCCAGUGCCUUCUCAAAGCACAUCAAUGCUAGUUUCAACUUCCUUAGCCUCAAAUUCUACCUCAUCUUCUGAGGCUCACUCUUCAAUUUCAAGUGAAGCUUUGUCUCUCGGUGAUCCAACAAACAUAGGAUUUGCUACUAUUACAGAUGGUUCAGAGGAUAUUACUAGUGUACAUUACAGUAGUAUUCCUGAAAGUGAAACUGAAAUCCUAAGAAGGCCUUCUGACAAGGAAAUAUCAGCUGACUCUCGUCCUGAUCAAAGCUCCAUCGACAUUUCUGAUGACUUGCCUAAGAAUGUUUUAAGGAUAUUAAAUGAGGGGUCAUCUCCAACAAGCAUGGAUUUUCAUCCUGAACAUCAGAAUGACUUGCCUAAGAAUGUUUUAAGGAUAUUAAAUGAGGGGUCAUCUCCAACAAGCAUGGAUUUUCACCCUGAACAUCAGACUGUUCUUUUAGUUGGAACUUCUGUGGGGGACAUAGGAUUGUGGGAGUGAUCAGGGGAAAGUUUACUUUCAAGGAAUUUUAAGGUCUGGGAUAUUGCAGCAUGCUCAAAGAUUUUCAAGGCAACUUUGCUCGAGGAUCCUAGUGUUUCUGUGAAUUGUGUUGCUUGGAGCCCAGAAGGUUGUUUCUUCGGGGUUGCAUAUUCAAAACACAUGGUGCAAAUAUAUUCUUAUAAUGAUGCCAAAGAUGCACAGCAGAAAUUGGAGAUUGAUGCUCAUGUUGGUGGUGUAAAUGACCUAGCAUUCUCUGCCCCUGAGAAACAACUGUUGGUCAUUACAUGUGGUGAUGACAAGACAGUUAAGGCAUGGGAUGUGACCAGUGGUGUCAAAAUGUAUACUUUUGAAGGCCAUGAUGCUCCUGUUUAUUCUCUCUGUCCUCAUAGCAAGGGAAACGUUCAUUUUCUCUCUGCAACAUCAGUGAACAGCAACAUAAAAGUGUGCCUAUAUGAUAAUCUAGGAGCCAGAGUAGAUUCUGAUGCUCUUGGCCUGGGGUGUACAUCAAUGGCUUAUAGUGGAGAUAGAAGGCUUUUUUCAUGUGGGACCAGUAAAUCUGGAGAGUCAUUUCUUGCUGAAUGGGGUGACUCUGAAGGUUCCAUAAAAAGAACCUAUAUAGGAUUGCGGAAGAGUUCUUCGGGUGUAGUGCAGUUUGAUAUAAUGAAGAACCAGGUUUUAGCUGCUGGUGAUGAGCAUGUGAUCAAAAUAUGGGAUAUGGACAAAGUUGAGCUUUUCACAACCAUUGAUGCUGAGGGAGGCUUGCCAGAAAACCCCCGUGUUCGAUUCAAUAAGGAAGGCACGCUGUUAGCUGUUUCUGCAAAUGACAACAAAAUCAAGAUCUUGGCAAAAGAUAGCGGUCUCCAUUCACUGCAUACAUCACAAAAUUGUUCUGAUGAUGCUUCUGGAGAUCUCUGUCAUAACUUUAAGAUGCUUGGUAUUGAACCGAGUUCAACUGUUGCUUGUGCUGGAGCUGCAGAUGAAGCUGUCACAAACAAUGGAAACCCAGAAAGCUCGGAGGUAGUGAAAUCUAAAAUUAUUGGAAAAUCCACUACAUCGAAGAGCAGGAGGCUCAUUUUAAUAACAAGCCCUUCUCAGUUCCAGAUUCUGCAACUUCCUUCUCCCAUGAAAACAAACAAGAUAUCGAGGCUCAUUUACAACCAUGCUGGUAACCAUGCUGGUAACACCAUUUUGGCAUUAACAUCAAAUGCCUCCCAUUUAUGUUGGAAAUGGUCACAGAAUGACACUCACUCGAGUGACAAGGCAACUGCAAAAGUUCCCCCUCAAUUGUGGCAACCCAGUAGCAGCUCAGGACUGAUGACAAAUGACCUUACACUCAGCAGACUUGAAGAGGCAGUUCCCUGCUUUGCCCUGUCUAAGAAUGAUUCAUAUCUCCUGUCAGCAUGUGGAGGGAGAAUUUCUUUGUAUAGCUUGCUGAAAUUCAAGACAAUGCUGCCUAUCAUGCAACAACCUGCAGCAACAUGUAUUGCUUUCUACCCUCAAGAUAACAACAUACUUGCUAUAGGGAGAGAUGAUUCCACGAUUCUAAUUUAUAAUGUCCGCUCAGCUAUGGUUGAUACCAUACUUCAGGGUCAUUCUAAAAGAGUCUCUGGUCUUGCAUUCUCUAAUUAUCUGAAUGUACUUGUUUCUUCUGGAGCAGAUGCUCAGAUUUUUGUCUGGAAAGUUGAAGGGUGGGGAAAAGAGAGGAGCAGAUUCUUGCAGAUUCCCGAUGACAGAACACUUUCUUCAUUAUCAGUAGAUACAGACAUCCAGUUUCAUCAGAAUCAGACAGAAUUCCUUGCAGUACAUGAGACUUGCCUUUCAAUCUAUGAUGCCAGAAAAUUAGAGUGUGUGAAGCAGUGGAGUCCAGGCGAUUUUGGAGCACCAAUCUCCCAUGCAACAUUCUCGUGUGAUGGCCAGAUGGUGUAUGCUAGCUUUGAAGAUGGGCUUGUAUCUAUAUUUGAUGCUUCGGAUUUUCAGUUAUACUGUCGGAUUAAUCCAACUGCUUACCUUUCUCCCACUUCAAGUUUGGGAGUGUAUCCGCUUGUCGUUGCUGCACAUCCUCAGGAACCUGAACAGUUUGCUGUGGGACUGAAAGAUGGUGCUGUUAUUGUCUUUGAGCCCCCAAUUUCUGCCGGUAAAUGGAGUAUGCUGACAGCAUAUGAAAACGGAUCAGCAACUAAAAUACCUGCUGAAUCAGAAGCUAAUCAGUGAGAAUUCAGAGUAUGAAAACUAUGCUCAAACUUUGGCUGGCCAAGUGUGUGUAAAUACAGAUGUUUGUCUUUGUAACGAGUAGCUAAGACAGUAAUUUAUGGUAUCAUCCAAUAAGAUAUGCCAUGGUCUAUGAAAAUAAAACCAUUAGUUUUCCAAAUUUUGUCAUAGACAGUCACGGCUAUGCAGUCACUGAUCCUAGCUGUUAACGCGAACCAUGCACGGUGGUUCCCAUAAAUAAUGCACGAGCAUGGUUUUUUUCA